AUGGACGGCCUAGUUGAUCCAGAGACAAUUUACAUGAAACAGAACUGCAUCGGUGGUGGUAGUUUCGGAAAAGUUUACAAAGGUGUUGAUAAGCGCUCGGGUGCAUCUGUCGCCAUCAAGAUAAUCGAUGUUGAGAACGCCGAAGAUGAAGUCGAAGAUAUUAUCCAAGAAAUUGCGAUUUUGUCUGAGCUUAACUCUCCGUAUGUUACAAGAUACCACGGUUCAUUUCUAAAAGGGUCGAAUCUAUGGAUCAUUAUGGAAUUCUGCUCUGGGGGCAGUUGCUCUGAUUUGCUACGCCCUGGUCCGAUUCCGGAGGAAUAUAUCGUGAUUAUUCUAAAGGAGCUGCUCCGAGGUUUGGACUACUUGCACAGUGACAAGAAGCUACAUAGGGACGUUAAAGCUGCAAAUAUUCUCUUGACCUCGAAUGGCCAGGUGAAGUUGGCGGAUUUCGGUGUUUCCGGGCAAUUGUCGGCAACGAUGACCAAAAAGAACACUUUUGUAGGCACACCGUUUUGGAUGGCACCAGAAGUUAUCAAACAAUCUGGCUAUGAUUACAAGGCUGACAUUUGGUCUCUUGGGAUUACGGCGAUUGAAUUGGCCUUAGGAGAGCCUCCCUACUCUGAUAUCCACCCCAUGAAAGUCCUUUUCUUAAUUCCAAAAAACCCCCCUCCUGUGUUACAGGGCGACUAUAGCAAAGGAUUCAAGAGCUUUGUCGAUAUGUGUCUACGCCGUGAUCCUAAGGAACGGCCUUCGGCCAGAGAAUUGCUUGAGCACCCAUUUAUCAAACGGGCAAAGAAAACAACUUAUCUAACAGAGCUUAUCGAACGCUAUGAGCGCUGGCAUACUGUCUAUGGGAAUCGCAAUGGCGAGGAAGAAGAUGAGGUAGUGCACGAGCCCCCUCCCGAGCCAGCAAACCCUGAAGAGGAAGACCUUUGGGACUUUGGUACAGUCCGUCCUGCAGGAAGAGGAGCUCCUAUGAGGCCUAUGAAAAAUUCAGCAAUGAACACUCGAAACCACGAUACUGUGGAAUGGGAUUUGAGAGAUGAGUCUUCGAGGGGUCCGACAAAACCCGACAACAACUCACCACCAAGGUCACCCCAGAUAAAGAGCGCUCCAAAUCCCACUCCCAAGACAUCGCCUACAAAGGUCCCUCUGCCGCCCUCCCCGGUGAAGCAUACAGCUGCAGAUUUCAGGCCUCAAACACCUUCACACCUUCAAAAACCUGUUUCGCGACCCCUGAAGGAAAGCCCUGGCACCAGUGAAUAUGACAAAGCCUUGCAGCAGUCUUUGGCUGAAGAUCUAUCGUUUCUCCAGCUAGAUAGUUCCCCUGGGAAUCCGUCGGCUUCAAAGGAACGGGGCAACGUUCCAGGUGAUCAAACACCCAGAAGAUCUACACCAUCUCACUCUUCGGGAUCACCGUUUCAAGGACCCACGUACGCAACACCAUCGCGGAAUCUUUUCGAUCAGGGCUCUAGGCCUGCUACGGAUAUGCGUCCCCCACAACAAAUUCCCCAACCCUCGCAUCGCCCUCCACCAACGCCCAAACAUGGAUUGCCGCAGCCACAGCCACAGUCACGGCCGCAACUUCAGCAGACCCCGCAGACUCCGCAGACCCCAACUCGAAGCCUACCACCGCCUCCUGGUCUCGCAGGUGGCAACCAGCAGCUUCACAGAAGCUUAGAGACUAGUGUGCAAGGCGCAGGUGGAUUACCGCUUUCUAAUGAGGUUACAGCGCUGAAUAGUGUUAUAUUACCGGCACUUAGGGCAGCCAUGCGUCGUCGAGCCCGUCGUCUCGAACUUCUUACACGAAAUACCGCUGUGCAUUCCGCUGAAAAUAGAAUGGAUUUGCUUGAACUUCAGUCUCGUCGUGAUUACGUUCAUCAAAUGAUGGAGGCUCUUGUGGGUGAUAUGUGCGGGAUGUUCUCUAGGAUUGAGCGUUGGGAUAACGAGGCGCCAAUUGGGAUGGGUGCGGAUGUUACGUCGUUCUUAGAAGGAUUUCUCGAAGAAGUGUUGGUUAGGAUUGAACCGGCUGACGAAGAGAACAGUCCAUCCAAGCCCUGA